AUGGCCUCCCUCACGGAAUUAUCUUCGCAUGAGCGGACUCGAGUCGAAGAUUAUUUAAAUGAUAAGAUUCAGGUUUCUGCCGAUCUGGAGAGUUUAGAUUCGCUGCUAUCUAGUCUACGCGCGCAACAGGAGCUUCAGCGGAAGCAGCUAGCGGAAGCCAGCGAAGCACUCUCAAAUGCGACAAAAGCCUCUAAUGACCAUGCCGAAGCCACUCGAAAGCAAGCCGAGGCGUUCACCGCGGAGCAAGCGGACAUCGACCGACGUUUAAUGGCCAUCACACAAUCCGAAACCAGUGAUGAGGCAGUACGGAGUCUGGAAAAGAGCAUGGAGAAGCUCCAACGGCUAAGAUUAUCCAAGGGAUAUGUGGAGUUGCUCAAGGAAGCCGAGGAAUUGAGCAAGCAAGCUUUGGAAGACAUUAAAUCCGAACCACGAGCCGCUUUGAAGCCGUAUUCCCGACUACGAACCAUCGUCGGACUACUGAAGGAUGCCCAGCCUGCUGCCGAAGGAGCGGCCCCCCAUCUUGUCGACUACACAGACAAACUAGCAUCUGCAUUGAGACAACAGAUGAAGAAAUACUUUGGUGACCGGCUACAGAAAACGUUGGAAGAUUUGAAAUGGCCGACAAGAGAACUGAAUGUCACCGACCAGCUCCUGACCCGGUGGAGGCAAGAUGUUGAACUGUUGAUCGACCUACAAUUACCUGAACUACAAAGCCGGGAUACACUAGCUUCCGGACUGAGCUUCGAGCCACCAGUCCUAUUCCCAUUAGAGGUUAUGGUGCAUCAUCUCGAUCUCCGGUUCAAAUAUCACUUUAGUGGAGACAAGCCAACAAACCGACUGGAUAAGCCGGAAUAUUUCCUCUCGCACAUAAUGGACCUUGUCAACCAAUACGGCGGGUUUUUUGUCUCUUACUUGCAGCCCAUCUUUGAUGAAAGGGCCGAAGCAGUCGGUCCAAGUCUGGAAUGGAACUUUUACAAUGCAUCACAUAGUUACAUUACUGCAUUGCUUCCUAUGCUGAGAGAGAAGAUCAGCCUGUUCCUCCCUCAAAUCUCAAACUACCCCCAAUUGCUCAGCCAAUUCAUUCAUGAACUGAUGAAAUUCGAUAACGAGAUGCGAGAAACAUGGAACUAUACGCCAGAUCCAUAUGCGGACGACAAUUGGAAGGGCAUAACCUGGGAAGUGUUGACCAAACAGGGCUGGUAUGAUCGAUGGCUUCAGGUUGAGAAGGACUUUGCGUUGGCGCGAUACAGAGAUAUCAUCGACACCGCGGACAGUGGAGAGAUCGACUACGAUGGCAUGGAACUCACUGCAACGAAACCAACAAAGGCUGCAAUCCGCGUGAAUGACCUUCUCGAAACUAUAACCGAUCGCUACCAGCCACUGUCCUCUUUUAGUCAGAAGCUGCGGUUUCUCAUUGACAUUCAAAUCACGAUUUUCGACCAGUUUUAUGAGCGCCUCUAUUCUGCACUAGAGGCAUACCUCGCGAUGACGUCAACGCUUGGACGCACUGUGCAGGGCGCCGAUGGGCAAGCUAGCGUCGAGGGUGUCGCCGGACUGGAGCGGCUUUGUAGGGUUUUCGGAAGUGCCGAAUACCUCGAGAAGAAGAUGGAGGAUUGGAGUAACGAUGUGUUCUUCGUUGAGCUCUGGUCCGAGCUCCAAGAUCGGGUUCAACAAAACCGAGACAACGGUCGCAGCGUAGCUGGUACUAUGUCUGUCGCAGAGGUAGCGUCGCGUACAUCACCCGCAGUGGCCAAUAACAACAACGGCGGCCACACCGCGACCUCAUCCGAUGGUGCUCUCUUCGAUGAGACGGCAUCCGCCUACCGUCGUCUCCGACUUCGCUCGGAAACUAUCAUCACAUCCACCUUGUCCUCCAAUAUCCUCGCGGCUCUGAAGCCCUACUCUCGUGUAUCUACCGACAGCAUCUCCCUCCCACCCACUUCCGAUCUCGCCCCUGCAAUGCGUGUCUUGUCCGCGCAACUCUCCUUCCUCUCUCGGGCGCUGGGAACUGCACCUCUACGACGAGUCUCGCGCCAGCUCCUGUUAUCUAUCCAGAGCUAUAUCUGGGACAGCGUCCUGACCAAACAUACCUUUUCCGAGACUGGAGCGACCCAGCUUGCAAGCGAUGUCGACUAUCUCUGUCACGUUGUGGAUUCUGCGCUCGGUGCAUCUAGUCAGGUGGAGAUCUCAUUGCGAACCAUCAAAAAGCUCAACGAGGGACUGCGUAUACUUUGCUUGAGUACAGCUAAGCAAGAGGGGGACGUCUCUACAAAGGAAGACGUGCCUUUAAGGCUAUGGGAUGUGGAAAAGAGGUUGUUCAGGGACAAUGAGAGUGCACGGGCUGUGCUUGCUGAAUUAGAGAUUGACUCUCUAUCGGAAGCUGAGGCUCGGUCCGUGUUGGAACGAAGGGUCGAGAUUGGCAAUUGA